GCCCUCCAUCUGCUCCCCAGAACCUGAUUUCCAACGUCAACGAGACAUCGGUGAAUUUGGAGUGGACCUCUCCCCAGAACAAAGGUGGUCGGGAAGACAUCUCCUACAACGUGGUGUGCAAGAGGUGCGGUGCCGGCGAGCCCAGCCGCUGCCGGUCCUGCGGCAGUGGUGUGCACUUCAGCCCCCAGCAGAACGGCCUCACGACCACCAAAGUCUCCAUCACUGACCUCCUGGCACACACCAACUACACCUUCGAAGUCUGGGCGGUGAACGGAGUGUCCAGGCAGAAUCCCAGCCAGGACCAAGCUGUGUCGGUCACUGUGACAACGAACCAGGCGGCUCCGUCCCCAAUUGCUUUGAUCCAGGCUAAAGAGAUAACAAGGCACAGCGUGGCCUUGGCUUGGCUGGAACCUGACAGGCCAAAUGGAGUCAUCCUGGAGUACGAAGUCAAAUACUAUGAAAAGGACCAAAACGAGCGCAGCUAUCGCAUUGUGAAGACAGCCUCCAGGAAUACUGACAUCAAAGGCCUGAACCCCCUGACUUCAUACGUAUUUCACGUGCGGGCCAGGACAGCAGCGGGAUACGGAGACUUCAGUGGGCCGUUUGAGUUCACAACUAACACAGUUCCUUCCCCCAUCAUUGGCGAUGGUACCAAUCCCACAGUGCUCCUUGUUUCAGUGGCUGGCAGUGUUGUUCUUGUGGUCAUUCUCAUUGCAGCCUUUGUCAUCAGCAGGAGGCGCAGUAAGUACAGUAAGGCUAAGCAAGAGGCGGAUGAGGAGAAGCAUUUGAACCAAGGUGUUAGAACAUAUGUGGAUCCUUUUACGUAUGAGGAUCCAAACCAAGCUGUGAGGGAAUUUGCCAAAGAAAUUGAUGCCUCCUGCAUAAAGAUUGAAAAAGUUAUUGGUGUGG